AUGGAGCCGACUCCGAGCAUGGACUUUACCAACAUGGCUUUGCCUAGUGUUCCACGGCCUAUGAUGCUUCCGACACCACAAAUGACCCCCCAGUCUCAAGUGGCCCCCACUCCUGCUGCGAGUGUGGCUGCUUACAACCCCCGCCGCCCAUCCAUCUGUACGGCUAUGUCUCAGGCGCAGAAUGUGUGCAUGGCGCGAUCAACACUCGAUCAGCGCCCGCCCCUGUCAUUCUGCCCUCGGACUCAGUCGUACGAUGGUUACCCGGCUGCGGCCCGUCGGUCAUCUUUGGCUCGCUCGACCUCAUCGGCAUCGUCGCCUGACUCGAUGGUUUCGGACGUUUCUACCCUCUCGUCCCGCUCUUCGCGGUCGUCAUCAGUCUCGUCCAACGCCUCGGGUACUUCUGGCUCAGCACCAGCUAGCCUGGCCGUUAAGGCUACAUUACGCUGCACUAGCAACUCCCUCAAGGAGUCCCGCAAGACUCUGGCCAUCGCCUCUCCAAUUGAUGAGAGGCUGGUCGGUGUCUACAGCUCUCCUGAAUAUACCGGUUCUAUGGGUUCUUCGGUCCCAGACCUGUCUAAUUUUUCCCUGGAUUCCAGCCUGAGCGAAGCUGCUCAGAGUCUCUGCGAACUUUCCGGUGCGACGCCCGAACGGCGCCAGUGCCGAAAACGCGGACGUACUGGAUCCGACGAUCUCUUGCUUCAAAACCAUGUGCGCCAUCUGAUCAACCUCGGGGCCUCUGGAGAACACUCCGUGUUGCCUGAUGGACAUUUCCCACAGUCCUUUAUGACGCAACAUGGCUCCUCUAUUGCUCCCGUGCGGACUGGCCCAGUCUCCGGACCAGCAGGCAUGAAACGUGCCUGCUGUGGCAGCGAAGCACGCAAGAUCGCAUUGAACCCGAGUCUCCGUGUUGCGGAGUACUUGAAUUGA